UAAUUCUGUUUGUAAAUGCGUUGUUGUGUGUUUCAGAGCUCCAAUGACACGUUCCCCACAGCCAUGCACAUCGCUGCUGCUAAAGAGGUUCACGAGGUGCUCCUGCCGGGCCUUCAGACGCUUCAUGAUGCUCUCGCUGCCAAAGCUGAACAGUUUAAAGACAUCAUAAAGAUCGGCCGCACACACACACAGGACGCCGUGCCGCUCUCGCUCGGACAGGAGUUUGGCGGGUACGUGCAGCAGGUGAAGUACAGUAUUGCGCGCGUGAAAGCGUCUCUGCCGCGUGUGUAUGAGCUGGCAGCAGGAGGAACCGCAGUCGGCACUGGACUCAACACACGCAUCGGCUUUGCAGAGAAGGUGGCAGAUAAAGUGUCUGCACUUACAGGUCUUCCGUUCGUGACCGCAGCCAAUAAGUUCGAGGCUCUGGCGGCUCAUGAUGCUCUGGUGGAGCUGAGCGGCGCUCUAAACACUGUGGCCGUGAGCAUGAUGAAGAUCGCCAAUGAUAUCCGCUUCCUCGGCUCUGGGCCUCGUUCGGGUCUCGGAGAACUCAUCCUGCCAGAGAACGAACCCGGAUCCAGCAUCAUGCCCGGUAAGGUGAACCCGACGCAGUGUGAGGCCAUGACUAUGGUGGCCGCUCAGGUGAUGGGGAAUCAUGUGGGCGUUACUGUCGGGGGAAGCAAUGGACACUUCGAGCUCAAUGUGUUCAAGCCCAUGAUCAUUAAGAACGUGCUGAACUCGGCCAGGCUGCUGGGCGAUGCUUCGGUCUCCUUCACUAAUAACUGCGUGGUCGGCAUCGAGGCGAACACCGAGAGGAUCAACAAGCUGAUGAGCGAGUCUCUGAUGCUGGUCACCGCCCUCAAUCCACAUAUAGGUUAUGAUAAAGCCGCAAAAAUUGCGAAAACCGCUCAUAAAGACGGUUCGACUCUGAAAGAGGCGGCGCUGAAGCUGGGAUUCCUGAACGAGCAGCAGUUUGAGGAGUGGGUUCGACCUCAUGACAUGCUAGGCCCAAAGUAAAGGAGAACAGAGCUGAAACACACGCACACCAGUAAAACACUUGUGGAUCACCGUUCACAGACGGGGUUUGUGCUGGAGGUAUUAUUCUUCAGAGUCUGUGUGUUCCCUGUGAAUGCAUGACUGUGUUUCUUUUUCAUCCCAAAAUCUGAGGAAUAAAAUAAGCGGGGGAGAAAAUG